AUGGGAAACCAAAGCAGCCGAGAACAGACCGACAUUGAACGACUUUUAUCGACAUGGUCGCCCAGCCAACAAACAGCCCUAAAGACCCAAUACAACCAAUUGACGACGCCAUCUACCAAGGAUGAAGGGGGCAAUGUCUCACCAUUCACGCAGCAUGUGCUCGAUUGGAUACCAGCCUAUUAUUCAACAGAACUCGCGACGUCGUUUGCGUUGUACUUUGAGACUCAAAGCGAGAACAAGCCAAAGCAAGGCAACAUGGUAUCCCUCGUUGGUUAUGUAAAGUCUGCCAAGCAACUCUUAUCUCACACGCCUGAUGAAAAUGUUCGAGCCAUCUACGAUGUCUAUCUUCUUGCAUUCAAGCAAUACGUGUGUUCUCUCCAAGUAUUCACUCAAUGGAUUGUGGAUUCAGCUAUUCCUAUUUGGUUCCAAGACAAUGGUGCGACGGAUGAAUUUUGGCGGGACACCUUUCAACAAUCAGGUGCAACACGAUUGAGCCAUUACUUGAUAUACCGACACAUCAAGCAUAAAGAAGAGAUUGAACGACGUAAACAAGAGGAAGCAGCAUUGUGGACUGAAAGUACAACUUCUACCGAUGCCAACACCAAAGAAAGUCUCAGCACACAAUGGGAAAAGCAAGUGACUGGAACGACUCAGCCCGUUGAUGAAGCCGCUUUUAUGACUUGGAUGAUGGAGACACCCGACAUGUAUCUAUUGACACAGCUAUGUGCAAAGUAUCUUCUUUUUGGCACUAUGGAUCACCAAGGAAACGUGCAUGAACAACGCAUUGCAGGAGAAAAAGCACCCGCCAUGGAGCAACCUUCAGGCGCUGCUGCCUUGUAUCCCAAAGGCUGCUUCUCACGACUUGUUACAGUGUACGAUUAUUUCAUGUUGGCACGUCAAUUACCACCCGAUGCAUUAUCAUGGAGCGACUAUGAACGAUCGCAACGACGUGUGACCCAAGAUCUGCAACAUCAACUUUUGUUUUCUUCAAAACGGGAUGGCAACAGCUGGCAAAUCUUUAGCAGCCGUAUCGUACAUCAAGGUGCUACACUGAUCAUUAUCAAGUCCAAGGAAGGUGCCGUGUUUGGAGGAUACGCUGAUGAAGCAUGGGAACCAGUAACCGAUUGGUAUGGGAAUUCCUCAAAUUAUCUCUUCCGGAUUGGCAAUGAUUACAAUGAUAUCCGUUUACCAAUGAAUGUAUGGAAUGGAGGACAAGGAUCCAAUGAUCAUUUUCAAUACCUGUGCUGGGGAAAAAAGACCCUACCCAAUGGUCUCGCAAUGGGUGGACAACUUGGUUACGAAGGUCUUUGGAUUGAUGAAGAUUUUAUCCAUGGUCGGUCAAGAGCAGGCCCAGUAUGCACAACCUAUCAGAGCCCCCAGCUUUCCUAUAACGAUGAUUUCACAAUUGAAGAAGUAGAAGUGAUCCUGGUACGACCCUCGAUUCGCGACGACGACGACAUGAUGGAGCCAAAAGGCGGUGUAUUUUCUCGUGAUCAAAAUAUGGAGUUCAUGGAAAUGGCAGGAAAGAAAAUGUAUUCCAAAGAUCUCCCCGAGCCAGAGCGUCGAGAGGAGGAGGAUGAAGAUAAAUAG